AUGAAUGAAUAAUAAUAGCCUAUACGAGAAGCCCCAAUGUUUUUCAAUAUAUCAAAACUAUCCUAAGGAUCAUUAUAGAGAUAUCAAACAUUUUAUUAGAAAGAGCAGCCAUUCCUAGAUUAAAAUAGCACAUUAACAUUGGAAUAAAAGGUGUAGAGUCAUUUUGAAUAAUUGAAAUUAGAUGAUAAAGUAGUGCUGGAGAAAUUCUUAAGAUUGAAAAAGGAUGAAACCUAAGCGGCCUUAGCUAAAAGAAAUCCUCGUAAAAAACCAUGA